AUGCUGCUGGACCUGUCCGAGGAGCACAAGGAGCACCUGGCUUUUCUGCCGCGAGUGAACAGCUCGGUGGUCGCCGAGUUUGGGCGGAUUGCGGUGGAGUUCCUGAGGCGAGGCGCGAACCCCAAGAUCUACGAGGGCGCCGCCAGAAAACUCAAUGUGAGUAGUGACACUGUCCAGCAUGGUGUGGAAGGAUUAAUAUACCUGCUCACUGAAAGCUCAAAGCUCAUGAUUUCUGAACUGGAUUUCCAAGACUCUGUUUUUGUUUUGGGAUUCUCAGAAGAAUUGAACAAAUUGUUGCUUCAGCUUUAUCUGGAUAACAGAAAGGAGAUCAGAACUAUUCUGAGUGAACUGGCACCAGACCUCCCCAGUUACCACAGCCUUGAAUGGCGACUAGAUGUACAGCUUGCAAGCAGAAGCCUCAGGCAACAGAUAAAACCAUUGGUGACUAUAAAGCUACAUCUUAAUCAGAAUGGAGAUCGCAACACCAAAGUUCUGCAGACAGAUCCAGCUACGCUGUUGCACUUGGUUCAGCAACUGGAACAAGCAUUGGAGGAGAUGAAAACGAAUCAUUGUAGGAGAGUUGUGCGCAGUAUCAAGUAG